AUGGCGUUCACAAGAACUUCUCUGUUCGUAUCUUUCUCAAUCCUUCUGGGUUUUCUCUCAAUAGCAUCUCAAGCAAGACCCGGACGCCCUUUCCAUCCAUGCAAUACCCUAAUCAUCUUCUCCACCACAACCACAACCUCUUCUUUUCCCCUUGAUCAGAACCCUAAUUUCGAAUCUCAAAACCCUUUUCUCCAAUCUUCUUAUUCCAACGAUCAAUCAAUUACCUUCCUCUUCACCGAGGUUCGUCGCGUCCUCCCAAAUCGCCUAACCAUUCCAUCGGAACCCUCAAACUUCAUAGAUCGGGAAGAGAUUCAACAAGAAAAGCUACCGUUUCCCUUUGAUCUGUAUUCAUCAUCCUCUGUUGGAGCUUCAUUCCUCGAUCGCACUAAUGAUAUCUUAAGCGUUGUGGGUUCGCUUCUAUUUGGCGUCGGCUGUGGUGCUCUUACAUCCUUGAUUCUGUACAUGAUUUGGUCCCUUUUCGCACCUAACCACUUUGAAUUUCUUGAUUCCGAGGAUGAAUCUGAUGAGGAAUUUGAAUCGGACCCAAAGAAGAUGGGCUAUGUUAGUAUUCCUGCUAAGGGGGAUUUGAUUGCUGUUCCUGUGGCUAAGGAAGUCUGCUAG